CAUAAACUGAUGACGUCAUAUGUUACUACACAAAGCUUUGUGGAAAGUGAAACUUGAAAUGUGAUUGAUAAACGUGUUUUGGAGUAAAAUGCUGUAUUUUAGCGUAUGGCAGAAGCAUUUAGAUGGAAUAGGUUGAUAGUUUUCCUCAAUGAUGAUUUAUUGUGUUGUCUUUUGUUGUAUAAACUCGCUUGUGUAUUAAUUUUUCAUUCAGAAUGACUACUAUGAGGCAGAGAGAUAGAAUUUUAUCGCCACCUAGAUUCCGUCGUCAAACAAUAGGAAUGGUAUAUAGUCCACCAAAUAGCCAGAAUGUGCCUAACUCAGCUAGACAUUCAACACCAAGGCCUAGGUCUGCACUUGAUAGGAAAUGGGUGCACAGGUCUCAGGGUGAUCUGACACUGGACAUGGACAUGCAGGUUCAUCCAAGACUCCAGUCCGAGUUUUAUCAAGAACUUUAUCAGAAAUAUCCUCAUGCAUUUCGUCGACGUCUGGAAUCGAGGGAAGCUGGCAGAAAGCUAUUUAAUUCUUGUCUCCAUGUCAGGUUUAAGGAUGAUACAGACGUUUCCGAUGACAAUUGCGGCUCUCACGGGAGUUUGGGAAAUUUUCACUCAAAUACGCAUUUAACUAACUGGGAUCGAGAAGUUGGACAUUAUAUAAGGCACAAAUCAAGGUCUAAAGAAUGUGUCACAUCUGUCGAUGCGUCAGAAUGCAGUGGUUCAGUUCUCUCGGUGAGUCAAAGGUUAAAGUUGAAUUCUCAGUCAUUAAACAAGUUGUUAAGUGAGGAUUUACCGUUUAGAAAACACGCUUAUCGAGAAAAUGUCCAGUAUGACAGUGGGACUGAGAAUGAACAAAGUUUACAGGAUUAUAUGUUAGAGAAAAGCAAGGAGAGAAGUCGACACCGAAAACAACAGAGACGAAUUAUAAUUCAGCGGAAAAUUCAUAAAAAUGAUAGUGUUGAGGUGAAUAAGGAAAACGAAAGAAAUUCUAGACGUUGGAUGAGCAAAUCUGUUUCUCCCUCGCGGCAUUUGUUCAGAUAUAGUUUACCACAUACAAAUUUAACAAAUGAAACGCAUCCUGUGAAUGUAGAAUCAUUAAUCGCUGACUCAGAUUUAAAAAUUGAUACUCUCCUAGAAAAAAUAAACUCCAAAAUGUCAGGUCCUGAGUCACCGCCCGAUAGUGCAAUUGACGUUGAUACACCAUCAGUGCAAUCUCUCAUUGCCUCUGAUCCAAAGGGCAGUAACUUAGUUAAACAGGACACAGAGUUACCUGCCUUGAAUGGAGAAGAAACUGGUUCAUUUGAAAGUCCAGGGAGUAGUGCCAGUGCUCAUGUUGCAGAUAAUAGUGCCAAAAUUGAUGAUAUUAUGCAAGAAAAGGUCAGUACUGAAACUGUGCAAUGUUCUAAUGACAGUAGAAAUGUAGAUAAUUUGACUUCUGAAAAACAUAUAACAAACAAUGAUAGUGAAAAAGGUAUUUCAGAAGAGGAUGAGAUGAAUAGAAUUGUAGAAAAAUAUGGUAGUUUAGAUAAUUUGAAUCAAAAAACGGGUUCUGGUUUAUUGCAGUUUUAUACUGUAGAUAUGGGUAAUGAAAAUGUAGGGAUUGGAGAAUUCCAUAAAGAUUCCUCAGAACAUUUAAUCGAGUCCUCUAAAGAUGGACAAACUCUUGAAAGAAGUGCUGAUGGUAUAAAAGUUGAAAAGGAGAAAAUGACAACAUAUGGACAUACUACCUCAGUGGAUUUAGAUAAUAUUGACUUAGAUAAAGCUGAAAGUGAUAUAGAAAAGAAUGUCUCUAAGAUGGAUAUUGAUGGAGCUGCAUUAUCGGAGGAAGAUAUUAAGCAAGACUUGGGUGAUACAGAGGGGACAAAAAGUGCUCAUCUUGUAGAACAAGUGGAUUAUAAUGCUGAUGAUGAACAAGAGGCAGAUGUUGUGAUGACCAAUGCUAUAAAUAGUAACAAUGCUGCAUUUAAAAGGUUUAAUACGCAUAGAGAGUCAGAUGUGGAUUCUGGGAUAGGUUACAGCAGUACGGGAACAGACACAUUACCUCCCCGAGGGAGAGCACAACAAAGGGAGGCAACUAUGAAACAUCAGCCAUUCAAGGCAGAUCACAGUCUUCUCCCUUUGAAGUCUGAGGUUGAUGUGGAUAUUCUAGAUGAGGUCAACUUGGUGCAUUUAUCACAUGACAUUCUGAAGUCACAUGACUAUAGAGGAAGGAGAGGUAACUCUGCUACUGAGGAAAGAGAUGACACGGAUAUCAGACUAGGUAUCUCAAAAGCUUCUGAAAAGGACAGGAAAAUUGCUGAAAAAUACCGAAGGGCAAGGUCUCCCUCUCCUUAUAUUUUACGCAAUCUUCAGUCACCUGCUGGUUGUCGCCCUAAAAGUGCACCCUUAUUUGCACAGAGUGAAUUAGAUUUACGAGUAGUAGAAAUCCCCCUGUCUGAAAACUCUAUUUUAGCAAGAACUGUAGCACAAAUCCCUAAAAUAAAUGGAAAUGUUUCUCACUCACAACAAAAAUCCACCAAAAACUCAAACACUACAUCAAAAACGAAUUCUUGCCAAAAUUCUGAUACUAUAUCAAAGUAUUCAUCUUUGCCAAAUUUAACAGGGAAUCAGUCUAGACAUUCCAAAACCCAUUCAUCCAAUAAUUCGUCUUCCAGACUGGUAAAGCAACGAAAAUGCUCGAUCUCAUCAAUUUCAUCCGAAGACAGUUCUAUAUCUCUGUUAAGUGAGAAUGAGGCUGACCUCAUGACUCAUGCUUGCAAUCUGAGUUAUGACGAUGGCAUUGAAGAUGAAGUUCAUUCACCUGAAGGUGCUUUGGAAGACAAUUAUGCGAAAGAAAAUGAGGAAGAAAACUUCACAGAAAUGGAGCUUGAUUCUGGAACAAAUAUUGAAAACUUAGUUGAAGGGAGACCAAGUGAACUGAAGAAAAUGAUAAAAGGAAUGUACCAACCUGCCGUGACUUCACCAAGAGUGAAAGAAAAGAGAUUAAAAAUAAGGAAUAUAUUGAAACAAAGAAAAGGUACUUUUUCCCCACCUGAAGACGGCAAGAAACCUGUGGAUGAGAAGAAUGCUGUAAAUAGAAUUUAUGCAAAAUCUCGUGACUCAGCAGGUUAUGAAAAUGUGACAAAGAGACAAGAUACCAGUGUACCACAUACUGGUAUUAAGGCAUCAUUUGAAGUGUCUAAUGCAAAUAUUGAUCUGAAUAAAGCAACAGAUAGACUUGGCAUUGAUCAAACCAAGGCAGGAAAUUCUGUCAAAAGGACAACACCAUUUGAAUCAGCUACAUCAGCUGGUAGAGAUACUGAAAGUGUUGAUAAGUUUAUAUCUGGUGAUUGUAAUAACACAGUUACAGCUGAACCAGUUAUCUUAGAUCCAAGGGGUAAACCUUCAGAAAGUGAUAAAACUAACAUUCCAUCGGAUAAUCUGAAAAAUGUGAACGUGCAAAUUGAACGGGCAGUUUCUCCUGCCAAAGCUCAGCCACCACAAAAACCAGUUAGAACUAAACAUAAAAAUAAGAAUCUAAAUGUGCUUGCAGAUCAAUUGAAUUUCUCAAAAUAUAAAAUUAAAGUGGACGAAGGACAGACGGCGACUUUGGAAUCUAAUUUGUGUACGAAGACGGAAAAAGCGGAACAAAGUCAAAGAUCUCAUUCCUCAACAUUACCAGGUCAAAGUUCAAAUCCUUCAAAGGCAGGUCAAGCACAUUUGAGCAAGGGAACAUCUGGGGAAAGUGAAAUAGAAGAAUGGAAACCCCUUCCUAGUAACAUGGAAAGUGAACAGAAAGUGGAAAAGAAACGGGGAAGUAAGGGAAAGUUUAAAAUGUUCAAGAAAGCUCUUAGCAUGGAUAGAGGAAUUGAGACAGUUGGUAUUGAUCCAAAUCCAACGGGACAAAAUCCACAAACAUCUAAGGACAGUCACUCUAACUUUCCUAAAGUGAAGAAAAAUCUGUCACUGAAGUCAUUUACCUCCCUUUUCAAUAGGAAAAAGAAGAAAAAAGGCCAGUUUGUGAUUGAAGAUGUAGAAAAUGCUGGCAAACAUGGGAGUCCUCUAGGUAGAAAUGAACCAACUCAUAAUCUUUCAAAUGGUAAACAAAAGCAUUGGGCAUCUUGUCACUCCCUUGAAACAAUGAACUCUCCCAUUCAUCAUCAGCCAAUCAGAAAGCAGGACACAGAGACUAGUUCAACUCAACAUGAAAUUCAGCCAAUGGGAAAGCUUCUUAAGAUUAACCCAGAUGGGACACAGAUGAUAAAGCUGAUAAAGCCAGAAAAUGGACCAAUGGGAUUCUUUAUUGCUAAAGGCAGUGCGAAAUUUGGAAAUGGAAUUUUUGUGUCACGUUUUGCGGAAACAAGAUCUGAGCAAAGUUUUGCAGGGUUACUUGGCAUCGGUGACGAGAUUAUUGAAGUUAACAACCACGUGGUGCGGGACCUAUCCCAGGAUGCCGUGUACAACCUGAUGAGUGGCAAAUCUGUGCUGCUUGUUAAAGUGUUCCCAUUCAUAGCAAGGAAGGAUGUGUGAAUGAAGUUACUGUCUGUAUGCUAUGAGACAAAAAUGGUUAACUUAUACCUGUUGCAAGUAGGUGAACAUGUAACAAAAACAAAUACCUGCCAUCAGAGGAGGAACAUAAUGUAUGUGUAGGAAGUGAACAUUAGCGACAUU